AUGACACUUCCCUCGACGUGUCGAUGCAUUCGUGUAUUUUCGAGUUAUAAAUUGAAUAAGGUCAAGAUGAAACUAUUUGAGAAUCAAUUACAACAGAAAGUAUUGGAAAGUAAAUCUUCCAAUAUUGAGAUGGAAGUGAAGCAAGAGAUAGCUCUGGAAAAUGAAGUGAAUGAUAACAAUUUGGAAAGUGUGCCAGUGGAAAAGGUGGAAUCUUCUAAGAGUUUAUCUGAUCAGAGUGUUGUGGAUACUUAUAAUAUGGAAAUACCUGAUGAAAUACCAAGUAAUGCAGCUGUUGCCAACAAGAUGGAUUAUUCCUUGAUGAAAACUAAUUUUUCCAUGAAGUUUAAAAUCAAAACAUUACAAUUCUUGACCAGUUACAAAUUUGUGGCGGUUGUGUACAUUACUUGCUUUCUAUUCAAUACACUGUUAUGGCUCUUGAUGGCUGGUAUUGAAUUUGGAAUUGACAAGACUGGGAAAAAGUUUGAGAAUGGAGCUUCUCAAUUAUUUGUCUACCCUGGAAUGUUUGAAUUCAGAUUUGGAUGUGUUUUAACAAUUAAUGGGCUAAUAUUGGUGUCUUGCCUUACGCUGAUCUAUCUCAUUUUUGAAAUUGGUUCAAUAAUUCUAUUACUAAUGGCAGAUAGAGAUGCCUGGAAUAUCAAGACUGAAUCUAUUGUAAUUAUCAUUACGCAAGUAAUUGGAUUGGCGCUAUUUGUAAUUUUGGGUAAUAUUAAUGGAUAUAUUACAUUGGUUGAUUAUAUUAUUCCAUAUAGUUUAUUCCUAUUCGCUUUUGCAAGUUUGGAAAUUAUCAUUACAGUAUUGAGACCAAUUGCUUGGGAGAUUUAUUUGGACCGUUUCAAGAAGAAUAGGUCAGCACGUCUAGAUUCAACAGGUAAUCUAUCCAAUAACAAAGAUUCGCAAGUAGCAAGCAAUUUGGAAGAUGAGAAUUAUUAUCAGAAAUUGUUGGACUUUGCCAGACGAUGUUACUGUCCAGAAUCACUUCUCUGCUGGAAAUCUAUUCAACAAUACAAGAAGGAGAAUUAUCACAAUAAGAAAAUGGCAGCAGAGUUUAUUUUGGAACAAUUUCUAACAAUUGGUGCUCCUGCAGAAUUGAAUAUUGAAAAUGUUGAAUUGAGGAAACGAUUAAUCAUUUCAAAAAUUGAAUCUGAGGAAUAUUAUUUUGGAAAUGAUUUAUUUGAGGAGAUUGAAACUCAUUGUGUGAAUGACUUGGCUGAUUUAAUUAAUAGAUUUAAAUUUUCAAAUCAGUAA